UCCCUUCUUUAAAAUGCAUUUGCAAACUAACCAUAAGCCUCCACUUGCCACGAAAGGAGAGGUCCUUUGAUCACAUUUGGCUAUCAUCUUAAUUAACCACGCCUCCAGUGAUGUUGCGAUUAGUUUAGACACUUAGGACUGAUGACCACACAUAUCUGGGGUAACCAACGAGCUAUGGCCAUCUAAAACAAGAGAACUUUAAGGUGUUUUUGCACGUUUAAGGAUACUUUUUACGUUUCUGUAGCCUAAUCAAAAAGUAUAGAAAAGAAAUAGUUUAUUACCUCUCAUUUAAAAUAAGUAAAGUUUUUAAACCCCCCUUUGGGAUUCAUUUUCAGCGUCCACGUGUUUACCAACUCUGACCUGGCCGUUAAAGCACUAAAAACGAAGCACGAAAGCAUGAACUCAACUAUGAUGGCUUAUAACAUCGAGGAUGUUUCUCAGAAGAACUCCACCUGUAAGUAUGACUUUAACUCGAGCAGCGCGGAGGAUCUUCCUCCUCUUCAUCUUCCGCGCUUCACCGCCGCGGCUCAGGUCCGAGUGGCGCUCACGCUCCUCCUGUGCGCGCUGUCCGCGUGCUGCAAUCUCGCCGUGCUUUACUCAGCCAACCACCACAACCACAGAAAGCGGUCCCACGUCCGGCUCCUCAUCACCAACCUGGCGGUGGCGGAUUUGCUGGUGACGUUCGUCGUCAUGCCGCUGGACGCGGGGUGGAAUGUAACGGUGCAGUGGCUCGCGGGGGACCUCGCGUGCAGGACGCUGAUGUUCCUCAAACUCGUGGCCAUGUACUCCUGCGCUUUCGUGACCGUGGUGAUAAGUCUGGACCGACAGGAUGCUAUUCUCAACCCUCUGUCCAUCAGCCAAGCGAGGAAGAGGAAUAAAGUUUUGCUGAGUGUAGCAUGGACCAUGAGUGUCGUGUUAUCCAUACCACAGGUGUUUGUUUUCCACGUUGUGGUGAUUGAUUCCCCCAAGCGGUUUAUCCAGUGUACAACCUAUGGCAGCUUUAGCUCACGCUGGCAAGAGACACUUUACAACAUGCUUACCUUCACCUUCCUCUUCCUCUUACCACUCUUCAUCAUGAUCUCCUGCUACAGCAGGAUAUUGUUUGAGAUCUCCAAGAAAAUGACAGAAGACAGCCUGCUGUCCAACAAAGUGCAGCUGCGCAGGUCGAAAAACAACAUCCCUAGGGCACGCAUGCGCACGCUGAAGAUGACUGUGGUCAUUGUGCUGUCAUUCAUGGUGUGUUGGACACCCUACUACAUGCUUGGCCUGUGGUACUGGUUCUGUCCCGCUGGCCUGGAGGAAACAGUGUCCCAGUCCCUCUCACACAUCCUUUUUAUUUUCGGCCUGCUAAAUGCUUGUUUGGACCCCAUCAUCUACGGUCUUUUCACCAUUCCACUAUGCAUGAGACACAGACAGCAUGAACAUAACAUUGUAGCCUUUGAGCUGGAGAACACUAAUAACUCUUUGAUGACUUCCAUCAGAACUUCUACCUCCUCGCUCACUUUAAAGAGACUGACAGUUCAGCAGACUUCAAGAGAAAAGCUAGAAUGGGACGGAGAGUAUGUGCACAGGAUUGGAGAUGAUGGGGCAAAGAAUGGUGUUGCCUUUGCAAGUCAUUCCACCUGUACAGACUAAAAACCAAAACACAUGAGUUGUCUAUAUGUAUGAUAGCUUUCCAUUUAAUUUCCAUGAAAGCCAUUAAGGGCACUUUAAUCUUAUCUGAUAUGUAUAAAGGUUUCACAUGUAAUGUUUCAAAAAGGUUUUAUUUAUUGUAAUUAGUUCAUAUUGGCUAAUGAGGUAAAUCUUUUGCACACUGAGCCUUGAGAUGACCAGACAUUAAAAGUAAAUGGGGGUCCAGCAAUGUUUAUACAGACUAACAGAUUUUUUAAAGAUGUUGCUAUUUUUAUUUAGCAAGGACAUAUUAAUUAAUAUAAAUGCAGUAAAGACUUUUUCAUUGUUACAAAAAAGUCGAUUUCAAAUAAAGGCUGUUCUGAACUUUCUAUUCUUCAAAGAAUCCUGAAAAAGAUGUAUCAUGGUUUCCACAGAAAUGUUUCCGGUGCAGCAAAUCAGCAUAUUGGAAUGAUUUCUAAAGGAUCAUGUGACACUGAGGACUGAAUAUUGACUGCGAAAAUUCAGCUUUGCCACAGGAAUUUAUAUAUAUAAAAAAGAAAACAGCUAUUUUAAAUUAUAAUGCUAUUUCAUUACUGUUUUUAUUGUAGUUUUGAUCGAAUAAAUGCAACCUUGUUGAGAAAAAGAGACUUAUUUAAAAAAGAUUUCAAAAAGUUGCUGACCCAUAACCUUUGAAUAAUAGUGCAUCAUCCACUUUUUUUUUUUUUUCAUUUUGCAUUUUAGGAGAUACACUGCAUCUUUUCACACUGCCCUUUGAAAUGCUCUUCAUGUACAUUCCGAACUUGGGUUUGACAGAUAU